UUCUCAUUUUUGACGGCUUUUGAUCUCAUUGACCCAACACGCGAUACAGUGAGCAGCCAGCUCUUGAUGGCCUCCACUUAUACACUCAGAUAGACUCCCUUCUUAUACAAAGACCAUGGGGCUCAGCGAAGACUUUGACGAUGAGCCCAUCGCCCUCUCGUCCCACGCCCUCGACGCCCUCAAGUCCUUUUACGCGGACCGGGACGCGCUCGAGGCCAAGUUCGAGGACCUCUUGGGCGAGGCCGAGAGGCAGGAGGGGAGCAGCGGCGGCCGCAGCAAAAAAACCCUGAGCAUCGCCGACUUUGGCGAGGACUGGCAGGAGUCGCAGUUCUGGUACUCGGACGGCACGGCGCGCGCCGUCGCCGAGAGCCUGCUGGACGGCGCCGACGGGGGCUCUGUCGUCGCGGCCGUGUCGGCGCCGAGCGUGUUUGUGGCGCUCAAGAACAUGCUGGCGGAGAGAGGGGACGGCGAGCCCAGGCCGCGGCUGGUGCUGCUGGAGCACGACAGGCGGUUCGCCGUGUUCCCCGAGUUUGUGUUUUACGACUGCAACCAGCCGCUGAAGCUGCCAGACCGCCUCAAAGGAGCCUGCGAUCGCAUCGCCUGCGACCCUCCGUUCCUGAACGAGGACUGCCAGACCAAAGAAGCAACGACGGUCCAGUGGCUAGCUCGCCCCCAGCCCCCAGACUCCCCCUCCCCGGCCGCGCGCGUCGUGCUCUGCACGGGUGAGCGCAUGGGCGAGCUAGUGACGUCGCGGCUGUACGGGUCCGUCGGCGGGCUGCGCACCACUACGUUCCAGCCCGAGCACGCCAACAAGCUGAGCAACGAGUUCUGCUGCUACACCAACUUUGAGUGCGCAGCGUGGGACUGGCGCGGCGACGACGACGACGACAACGCAGGGACGACGGCUUGAGCUCAGGCGGGUGGGUGCCGCGGUUUUGUUUGUCCGUUCAUCUGCUACCCAGACAGUCGGUCGAUAAAUGCCUCAAUACACGCUAGAUAUACAUCGUAGAUAUACAUCAUGUCUAUUCUUGUCCUCUUGUCGGUUCUCCAGUCGUGCGCCUAUAAACAAGUCCUUAU